AUGGAGGAAGUAUCUGAUAAACUUAAAGACUUGACUACAUCCAAUACCAAAGAUCAAGUCGUCACACCAUGGGAUGUGGAAGGUGCCGUUGAUGAAAAAGGUAAUGCUCAAAGUAUUGAUUAUGAGAAAUUGAUCAAACAAUUUGGUACCAGACCAAUUGAUGAUGAACUAUUAGAACGUUUCGAAAAAGUAACAGGCCAUAAACCACAUCAUUUCUUGAGAAAAGGGUUAUUUUUCAGUCAACGUGAUUUUGGUAAAAUCUUGGAUCUUCAUGAAGCUGGGAAACCAUUUUUCCUUUACACAGGGCGUGGUCCAUCUAGUGACUCCAUGCAUCUAGGUCAUAUGAUUCCAUUUUUGUUUACAAAAUGGUUACAAGAAGUUUUUGAUGUUCCUUUGGUAAUUGAAUUGACAGAUGACGAAAAAUUUCUAUUUAAGCAUAAAUUGAAGAUUGAAGAUGUGAAAAAAUUUGCUAGAGAAAACGCCAAGGAUAUUAUUGCCGUAGGGUUUAAACCUGAAAAUACUUUUAUCUUUUCUGAUUUAGAAUAUAUGGGCGGUGGAUUUUAUGAAACUGUUGUAAGAGUCUCUAGACAAAUCACUGGUUCUACCGCCAAGGCUGUAUUCGGGUUUACUGAUUCUGAUUGUAUUGGUAAAUUCCAUUUUGCAUCUAUUCAAAUCGCCAGUGCCUUCCCAAGUUCUUUCCCUGAAGUCCUAGGGUUACCAGACAAGACACCAUGUUUAAUUCCUUGUGCUAUUGAUCAAGAUCCAUAUUUCCGUGUAUGUCGAGAUGUUGCUGAUAAACUGAAAUAUUCCAAACCAGCAUUAAUCCAUUCUAGAUUUUUCCCUGCAUUACAAGGGUCUACUACCAAGAUGUCUGCAUCUGAUGAGAAUACUGCUAUUUUCAUGACUGAUACUAGUAAACAAAUUACUAAGAAGAUUAACAAGUAUGCCUUUAGUGGUGGUCAAGUCUCCGUAGCGCUACAUAGAGAAUUGGGUGGUAAUCCAGAUGUGGAUGUUGCUUAUCAAUACUUGUCAUUUUUCAAAGAUGAUGAUGAAUUAUUGAAGGAAAGUGCUGAAAAGUACCGUUCUGGUGAAUUGUUAAGUGGUGAAAUGAAGAAGAUGUGUAUUGAAACUUUACAAGAAUUUGUAGCUGGAUUUCAACAACGUCGGGCUCUCGUGGAUGAUAAAGUAUUGGAUCAAUUUAUGAAACCUCAUAAGUUGAGAAGAUUAAGAGAGGAGGAAAGUAAAUAG